AUGGCUGCUCCUGGCGCUGCUGCGGAGGUGCAGGUGGAGGUGGAGGUGAGAGGUGGGGCGCUGGAGAGGGGCACCGGCGGCGGUGGCGGCAGGAGGAAGCCGCAGGGGUGGAAGUGCAUGCCCUUCAUCUUAGCAAUCGCUACAUUUGAGAAUGUCGGGUCACUUGGGGUGGUAGCAAAUUUGACGAUCUAUCUUGUGAAGCGCUUCAAUUUUGGGCAGCUCACAGCUACAAACACUACCAGCAUUUUCUUCGGCACGCUGAACUUCGCACCGUUGCUAGGUGCCUUCAUCUCCGACGCCUACUUGGGAAGGUUCAGAACCCUUGUCUACGGGUCCUUCUUUAGCCUCCUGGGAAUGCUAGGAUUAACUUUGUCUGCAUCAGUUCCAGCUUUCAAACUUGCAGACUGCAAUCAAACAAUUCAAUUAGGUGAACAUUGCAAUAGUCCAUCAACACUCCAGCUGAGUGUGCUAUACCUAUCUUUAGCAUUUCUAAUCAUUGGCGGUGGAGCAAUCCGACCAUGCAGCUUGCCCUUUGGAGUAGACCAAUUCGACAUGACUGACAAAAAUAGUCAAAAAGGCCUAAAUAGCUAUUAUAACUGGUACUAUGGCACAACUACCAUUGGCUUGGUGUUUUCUAUGACUAUUCUCGUCUACAUUCAGGCUACCAUCAGCUGGCCAAUAGGAUUUGGCAUACCAGCAUUCUUCAUGUUGUUGUCAAUUAUCAUUUUAUUUAUGGGUACUAGACUUUAUGUCCAUGUACCACCAGAGGGAAGCAUCUUCACUGGAAUUGCCCAAGUUUUACUAGCAUCAUUUAAAAAGAGAAGAGUCAAGCUUCCAAACUCGGACAAUAUAAGUCAGCAAGAGUUGUUGCUAUUCAACCCUCCCACGAGGGGCCAUCGUAUUUUCAGAUUGCCACUUACUUCCCAGUUCAGGUUUCUUAACAAAGGUGCGAUUUUAAGGGAUGGUGAUAUAAAUGAUGAUGGUUCCGCAAGAAAUUCGUGGGAGCUUUGCAGUAUCCAACAGAUAGAAGAGGUUAAAUGUUUGAUAAGAAUUGUUCCUAUUUGUAUAUCUGGCAUCGUAUGCUUCGUCGCGUUGGUUCAACAAUACACCUCUACAAGCUUUCAAGCAUUAACAAUGGACUGUCACCUUGGAACACAUUUCGAAAUCCCUCCAGGCUCUGUUAUAUCCAUAUCCUUUAUCGCCCUAACUGCAUUCCUACCAAUUUAUGACCAAAUAUUGGUACCUAUAGCUAGAAGAUUCACCGGAGUGGAAAGUGGAAUUACACUUCUUCAGAGACAGGGUAUAGGAUUGGUGAUUUCUCCCAUAUCAAUGGUGGUAGCAGGGCUUGUUGAACACAAAAGGAGAAACUCGGCAUUGUCUAAUGGAGGAAAAUCACCUAUGUCAGUCUUUUGGCUCGCCCCCCAACUGAUUUUAAUGGGUAUUGCUGAUGCCUUCAAUGCAGUUGGUCAAUUCGAAUUCUAUAAUAAGCAGUUUCCAGAGCAGAUGCUAACCCUAGCAGGAUCCCUCUUUUAUGUUACUUUGGCUGGAGCAGGCUAUUUGAGUACUGCUAUGACAAACAUAACAAAAAAAGUGACUACCAGAGAUGGCCACAAUAGCUGGAUCGCAGACGAUAUUAAUCUCGGCAAGCUUGACUAUUACUUUUAUUUAAUUGCCCUUAUGGGAGUACUGAACCUUUUCUACUUUCUCAUAUGCUCCCACUACUAUCAAUACAAAUCCAUUUCACACUAUGCUGAGGAACCCAUCAAAAUACAGACCAAGGAAGAGGUAGAAGCAGAGAUGGAUCCUAGUAGAGAUGCACCUAGCAAGUAA